GAGGGAGCGACUCCUCCUGCCGUACCCAGACGCGUCCUGAGCAACCUGCGCUCUUUUGGGGUGGAUUUAAAAAAAAAUAAAAAAUAAAAAAAUUAUAACACCGACAAAAACCGAAGGAAGGAAGGAAGGAAAAGAAGGAAGGAAGGAACCCCCCUCUUAGAACCGACUCUCACUGGACCUGCUCCAGGGACGCAGACAUUUCACACCGACACGGGGAUUAUUGUUUGUUUUAAUCAUGAAGACGUAAGGGUUUAUAAGCUGAAAAGAAAAGAGAGGAACUCCGACGCUUACAGAAAGGUACGAGUGAGCGAGUAACAAGAAGAAGAAGAAGAAGAAGAAGAAGAAGCCGCUGGAGCAGCUGAAGAUAUGAAGCUAAAGAGGUUUUGAAAACAACCCAGCAAGAACCAAGCCAUCCUGCGUGAAGUCCCUAGCCCUCCCUACACAGUCGGGGCCUCGGGCUCUCCGACCAGGUCAAACAUCAGUCCCACCCCACCCUUCCCUGCCCCCACUUCCCUUCUGGAGCCAGGAUGGCCAACAGCGGUGCCCCUCGCCUCUCCUUGCCUCUCCUGCUGCCUGUCACCACUCUGCUGCUAUCACUGCUGCUCACCGGCUCCCUAGCCUUAUCACCACCACGUUUCACAAAAGUUCCCGUCGACCAGAUUGGCGUCUCAGGGGGUGUGGUCUCCUUUGUCUGCCAGGCGGCGGGUGACCCCAAACCAAGGGUUAGCUGGAACAAGAAGGGCAAAAAAGUCAACUCCCAGCGUAUAGAGACAAUUGAGUUUGACGAGGGUGCAGGCGCUGUGCUCAGAAUCCAGCCUCUGCGAGCGCCACGUGACGAGAACAUCUACGAAUGUGUGGCCGAGAACAGCGAGGGCGAGAUCACCGUCAAUGCCAAGCUGUCCAUCAUCCGAGAGGACCUGCUUCCCCCAGGCUUCCCUAACAUUGACAUGGGCCCUCAACUCAAAGUAGUGGAGCGCACUCGGACAGCCACUAUGCUCUGUGCAGCCAGUGGUAACCCUGACCCAGAAAUCACCUGGUACAAAGACUUCCUACCCAUUGACCCCAGUGCAAGUAAUGGGCGAAUCAAACAGUUGCGUUCAGAAACCUUUGAGGGUACCCCAAUUCGAGGUGCCUUGCAGAUCGAGAACAGCGAGGAAACAGACCAGGGGAAGUACGAGUGCGUGGCGUCUAAUGUGGAAGGCGUGCGCUACUCGUCCCCUGCUAACCUUUAUGUGCGAGAGCUUCGAGAAGUCCGACGGGUGCCUCCUCGCUUCUCCAUACCACCAACGAGUCAGGAAAUUAUGCCCGGUGGCAGUGUGAACAUAACAUGCGUGGCAGUGGGGUCACCCAUGCCUUACGUCAAAUGGAUGUUAAACUCAGAGGACCUGACACCGGAGGACGAGAUGCCAGUGGGCAGGAACGUUCUCGAACUGAGCAGCGUCCGUGAGUCAGCCAACUACACCUGCGUGGCCAUGAGCAGCCUUGGAAUCAUAGAAGCAGUGGCGCAGAUCACUGUUAAAUCUCUUCCCAAGCCCCCAGGUACCCCCGUGGUUACCGAAACCACUGCCACCAGCGUAACCAUCACCUGGGACUCUGGCAACCCAGACCCCGUAACUUAUUAUAUCAUCCAGUAUCGAGCCAAAUCUCCUGACAGCAAGAAUGAGACGGUGGAUGAUAUCACCACCACACGUUACAGCAUUGGUGGCCUCUACCCCAACACAGAGUAUGAAAAUCCGUGUCUCUGCUGUAACACAAUCGGGCAGGGUCCUCCCAGUGAGCCAGUAGAAACUCGGACUGGUGAGCAAGCCCCUGCCAGUCCACCGCGAAAUAUCCAGGCUCAGAUCAUAUCCCAAAACACCAUGAUGGUGCGCUGGGAAGAGCCCGAGGAGCCCAAUGGGCAAAUCAAGGGCUACCGUGUGUAUUACACCAUGGACGACUCCCAGCCCAUUCAUCUCUGGCAGAUCCAUAAUGUCCAGGAUAGCAUCAUCACCACUAUCCAGAGCCUGGUUCCUCAAGAGACCUACACCAUUAAAGUCCUAGCAUUUACAUCUGUAGGUGAUGGACCCUUCUCAGAGCCCAUACAUGUCAAGGUGCUGCAAGGAGUUCCUGGUCAACCAUCCAAAUUCCAGAUCGGUGCUGUGUCCGACACCAGUAUUGAACUGACCUGGGAUCCUGCCUAUGAAAAAGAAGGAAUUAUAAGUUAUAAACUUCACUACAGGGAAGGCAGUUUUGGGACCCAGAUGGUUAAAACAUUUGGACCCACAUCUUCAUAUGUUGUGGAAGGUCUACGGCCAAACACAGACUACCACUUCUCCUUGGCAGCCAUCUCCAACAAAGGCAUCGGAGCUUUCACCAAUGACAUUUCACAGAAGACCUUGCAAGCCAAGCCCUCAGCCCCCCCUCAAGACAUUAAGUGCAGCAGCACCAGCUCCACCACCCUGCUGGUAAGUUGGCACCCCCCGCCUUUGGAGAGUCAGAACGGUGUCCUGGUGGGAUAUAAGGUGCGCUACCAGGUGGUGGGCUUAACAGAAGGCGGCAGUGAUGACGAAGAGCCACUGGGGGAGUCAACGGUACCUGCCACCGAAGAGCAGGUGCUGCUUCAGCGAAUGGAGAAGUGGACCCAGUAUAGCAUCACUGUAUCUGCUCAUACUGUGAUUGGGUCUGGCCCCGAGAGCGAGCCUCUGAUCUGCCGCACUGAUGAAGACGUUCCUGGGGCUCCUCCAAGACGGGUGGAAGUGGAGGUUCUCAACUCCACAGCACUAAAAGUGAUGUGGCGCUCCUUGACGCCAGGCAAACAGCACGGUCAAAUCCGUGGCUACCAGGUUCAUUAUGUACGAGUGGAAAAUGGAGAGUCUCGGGGUCUUCCUCUUAUCAAGGAUGUUAUGCUGGCUGAUGCCCAGUGGGAAACGGACGAUACAGCUGAAUAUGAAAUGGUCAUUGGAGGACUCAAGCCAGACACCACUUACUCCAUCACUGUGGCAGCAUACACCACCAAGGGGGAUGGAGCCCGGAGCAAACCCAAACUGGUGGUGACCAAAGGGGCAGUGCCUGGCCUACCCUAUCUGUCAGUGGCUCAGGACUCUGAGACAUCUGCUAUUGUUCGCUGGGACCCUCCAGACUUAACAAAUGGCAUGGACCUACAAGGUUACCGGCUCCAGUUUGGCCGGAGAGAUGUCUCACCUUUGGCCACACUGGAAUUUGCCCCCCAAGAGCGACAGUACUCAGUGGGCAACAUUCACCGGGGCGCCAUUUACCUCUUUAAAAUCUCAGCCAAGAGCAGAGGGGGCUUUGGGGAAGAGGCUGUGGUGGAACUUAAUGUCCCUGAGAAUACACCAGGGGGAUAUCCUCAAAUAAAUGAGGCUUCCAAUGUGACAUGCUGCUCAGUGCAGUUGUCCUGGUCCCCACCGGUGCUGGCAGAGAGAAACGGGGUAAUCACGGAGUAUACUUUGGCCUAUAAAGAAGCCGGCACAGGAGGAGCACCACGGGAGCUUCGUUUACCCCCCAGCCAGUCCAACUAUGUACUCAACAGUCUCAAACCGAACUCAGCAUACGAUGUGAAAAUACGUGCACACACCAGUGUAGGUCCAGGGCCCUACAGCCCUCCUAUCCAGUAUCGGACGGUGGCCUUUGAUCCAACAGAUGUUCCAAAAAAUUUCACAGUCAAGUGGGCAACCAAAACCACAGUGGUCCUAGCAUGGAAGUUUUCUGAAAGCAGAUCUCCAUACAAAUGCACAAUUGAGUACAAUCGUCAGAAGAUGGAUGUGGAUGCCAGGCAAAUGAGGGUGCUUGUCACUGGUCUAAGACACAACACCACCUACGAGUUCAGGGUGGCGUGCCAGGAGAGUAUGGACGGUGGGCCAAGACACCGUGUGGUGGCCAGGACGGCACCACUCAUCCUGGUCAAGAAACCGAAGCUGGACCCCUACGCCGAGCCUGACAACAUGUACACCAUGUCCUUCCCACCAGUUGAGAGCAAGGACAUCAAAAAUUUCUAUGUAGUUGUGGUGCCACUCAAAAGGACCCCAGGAACUGUCAAAAACCUCAAGAACCCCGAUGAGAUGGACAUGGAAGAGCUGUUGCGGGAUGUGACCCCAAAACGCCGUACACGCCGUCAGUUGGCCCAACUGGACCAGAGGAAGCCCUACAUCACAGCCUGUUUCAGACAGCUGCCCUCCAGCUUCACAGUGGGCACCGACCACCGCUACAGCAGCUGUGAGAACAAGCCUCUUGAUCCUGGGCAGGAGUAUGUUUUCUUCCUGCUGGCUGAACUGAAUGCCACUGCUGGGAAAAUGUUUGCGACCAGCCCUUAUACCGACAUGGUCUUGGGUCCAAGCAUUGAACCUGUGGACCCCCUACCAGUGGAGACCGGAGGAGAUGGACUCAUUUGGGUGGUGGGCCCGGUCCUGGCUGUGGUCUUCAUCAUCUGCAUAGUCAUCGCUAUCCUCCUUUACAAAAACAAACCUGACAGCCGUAAAAGAAAAGAGUCAGAGCCACGCACAAAAUGUCUGCUCAACAACGCAGAUAUUACACCCCACCACCCAACAGAUCCUGUGGAGAUGAGACGCAUCAACUUCCAAACCCCAGACUCUGGUCUAAGCAGCCCUCAGAGUGAAGCAGAUUUUGAUGAUGAAAGUAUGAUGAAUCAUCCUCCCAUCCCGAUCUCAGAGCUGGCUGAACACACAGAGCUUCUAAAGGCCAAUGACAACCUCAAACUCUCCCAGGAAUAUGAGUCCAUCGAUCCAGGCCAGCAGUUCACCUGGGAGCACUCCAACCUGGAAGUGAAUAAGCCCAAGAAUCGGUACGCAAACGUCAUCGCCUACGACCACUCCCGUGUCAUCCUGGCUCCGAUUGAGGGAAUCACAGGUAGCGACUAUAUCAACGCCAACUACAUUGAUGGCUACAGGAAACAAAAUGCCUACAUCGCCACCCAGGGUCCGCUACCGGAGACGUUCGGUGACUUCUGGAGGAUGGUGUGGGAACAGAGAGCAGCCACUGUGGUCAUGAUGACCAGGCUGGAGGAGAAAUCCAGGAUUAAAUGUGACCAGUACUGGCCCAGUCGGGGCACAGAAACAUAUGGUAUGACCCAAGUGACCCUGUUGGACACCAUAGAAUUGGCUACUUUCUGUGUCCGCACUUUCUCCUUGCACAAGAACGGUUCCAGUGAGAAGCGGGAGGUUCGCCAGUUCCAGUUCACAGCAUGGCCUGACCACGGCGUGCCAGAGUACCCAACCCCCUUCCUGGCCUUCCUCCGUAGGGUGAAGACCUGCAACCCGCCUGACGCCGGACCCAUCAUCGCCCACUGCAGUGCGGGUGUUGGCCGGACAGGCUGCUUCAUUGUCAUCGACGCCAUGCUUGAACGUAUCAAGCAUGAGAAGACAGUUGACAUUUAUGGCCAUGUGACGCUAAUGCGCUCACAGCGGAACUACAUGGUGCAAACGGAGGACCAGUACAGCUUCAUUCACGAUGCAUUGCUGGAGGCAGUGGCCUGUGGCAACACUGAAGUGGCUGCCAGGAGCCUCUAUUCCUACAUUCAGAAGCUGGCCCAGGUGGAGAGCGGCGAGCACGUCACUGGCAUGGAGCUGGAGUUCAAGCGUUUGGCCAACUCCAAAGCCCACACGUCGCGCUUCAUCAGUGCCAACCUUCCCUGCAACAAGUUCAAGAAUCGCCUGGUUAACAUCAUGCCCUAUGAGACCACGCGUGUCUGCUUGCAGCCAAUCAGAGGCUUGGAAGGAUCUGAUUAUAUCAAUGCUAGCUUCAUUGAUGGAUAUAGGCAACAGAAGGCCUACAUCGCCACACAGGGCCCUCUAGCAGAGACUACAGAAGACUUCUGGAGAAUGCUCUGGGAAAACAACUCGACUAUUGUUGUUAUGUUGACCAAACUGAGAGAGAUGGGACGGGAAAAGUGCCACCAGUACUGGCCAGCGGAGCGCUCUGCCAGGUACCAGUACUUUGUGGUGGAUCCAAUGGCCGAGUACAACAUGCCCCAGUACAUCCUCCGAGAGUUCAAAGUCACAGAUGCCAGGGAUGGUCAGUCCAGGACAGUAAGGCAGUUCCAGUUUACUGACUGGCCGGAGCAAGGCGUGCCCAAAUCUGGAGAGGGAUUCAUUGAUUUCAUUGGUCAAGUGCAUAAAACCAAGGAGCAGUUUGGACAAGAUGGACCGAUUUCUGUCCACUGCAGUGCUGGUGUGGGUAGGACUGGAGUCUUCAUCACCCUCAGCAUCGUUCUGGAGCGAAUGCGCUACGAAGGCGUGGUCGAUAUCUUCCAGACAGUGAAGAUGCUCCGGACACAGAGGCCAGCCAUGGUCCAGACCGAGGAUGAAUACCAAUUCUGCUAUCACGCAGCUCUGGAGUACUUAGGAAGCUUUGAUCACUAUGCAACGUAAAAAGCCAUCUCUUCCCCCCCAAGAAUCCUGUUGCCCCCCCUCCCCUCCUCAACAGUAUCCUGAGCCAUAGAAACUUUGAAAUCUGAAAUGACGACAGCAGAAGACAAGAAACACCAACCUCAAUUCAGGCACACCAAAACAGGAUCCUAUCGUAGAUUUUUUUAGACGACAACACCCAUCCGACCAAGAUUAGAGAGUAAUUUCAAUUGGACUAAGCGACCUCUCGUAAGGAAGUGAGGAAAUUGCCCAUCUUAAAGAAAAGAGAAUCCUCAUCGGGAGAGGACCCAGACGCUGUGGCUCAAGCUGUGGGGCGGGUAUCGAUCAAAGUGUCAGACUGCUUACCUUACCUCAAGUGUUUCAAUGUGGAGGACAUUGUAAACAUUCGUGGACAUUUCUCUUCUCAAAAAUAUCUUCGUGAUUACAGAAGCAACAAAGGAACAGUGAAUGAAGGAGAAGGCAACGGCGACUACAGCAAAAAUCAAUAAGAGGCAGAUGGAUGUAGCCAAGACGGGGUGACUCUUCUCUUGUUUUUUUUUUGAUAAGCCUGGGUGUUCAAAAGGGCGUUUGAGUAUUUCUAUAAACACAUUUUUGUGCGUGAUAUCCAGAGAAAUGACCAAAUCAUGGUUGCCUGAGUAAAAACGCAAGAUUUCCCCAAAACUCUGAUAUCAAAAGGUGAUGAGACAAAAAGAAAUUAAACAAACCUAGUACUUCCAUUUGGCAUCGGAUUGAAGAUUUACAUUAUUUCUCUAAAUUAUAUGCAAAAAUAGUGCAAAAGUAUUAAAGUGUUUAUCACACAACUGCGUGUUCGGAAAGCUCGGAGGUAAGACGAGGUAUUGAGGUUAUUGGAAAGAAGGCACCACAUGAAAUCAGAUGAACGAAUCGCGAACUUGUGUUAAAUCAGUAUCGGAAGCCAACAUCGGAGUGCAGGUAACUACAGUAAUGAUGAUGAUGACGAUGAUGAUGAAGACCAGAGUGCCGCAGGAAGGAAACGUCUCAGUCACAAGAGUAAUCAGGGGGAAACUUUGCCUGUUGCAAGAAGCUGCAGUUGGGUCGCCUUGAGGAUGGUCAAGUUGCGAGAAACGCCAACCGUGUCCCAUGAUUUUUUACAAUCACACCUCUCUUUGGAACCAUUGCAUCAUGGGGCUUCGGUAUCAACAUCCACCAUUUUGAACAAGAGAUAAUCUGGUGGAACGAGAAGCUUUGGAACAAACGGAACAACCAAACAAGGAUCGCCGCAACGUGGGGCUUUCUUUGUGUACAGUGACCAACACUCAUUGUCAUCAUUUAGAACUUUUUUGUCUUAUGAGGAAUUCUACUUUUUUUUUUUUUUUUUUUUUUGGUUUUAUUUUCUGUCAAAACCAAACAUGCUGCUUAUCUUGUGUAUGCUGUACGUGUGAUUUGAGGGAGAGGAAACUGACAAACAAAAAGAUGCCAGCUUUGCUAACCGCUAGCGCUGACUGAAAGUGCAUCCUCAUGACAUUAUCGUCCUGGGUUUUUACACCUCUCCUUUUUGUUUUCCAGCCUUCUCUAUAUUCAUCUAUUUCAUCGUUAAAAGACACUCAAGAGUGGUAAAGGCCUGUUGCGAUUAACUGUACUUUCAUAUGGUUAAAAAAAAAUGGGCCUUCAAUUCCACCAUGUGUGUGUGUUUGGUAACAGGUGGAUAAAGUAGAGACUUGGGUUUUUGUCCUCCUUUUUUUUUUUUUUUUUUCAGUGGGUGAUGCAGCCAGACCAGGCAGCCAUGUUGGAUCUCGAUGCCAUGAUGUGACAAAUGAAAUUCUUCGGUACAAGUUACUUGCACAUCCCCUUAUAUAUAUAAAUAUAUAUAUAUAAAAAAAACAAAACAAAAAAAAAAACUUGAAACAAAGAUCCCAAAACAACUGCAGGUUGGAUUUGACGCACUAAUGUAUAUGUGUCUGAUAAAAAAUGAAGCUUUUGAAAUCACCAGGUUUUCAUUUUGAGAUCAGUGCUGGUAUACGUGGGUGUAUGAAUUCUGUGAAGGUUUCUAAUGGGUGUGCACAAAAACCCAAGUGAUGGACAGAACUGUGUUUAAUCUUUUCUUAUUUCCAAAAAAGCCUUAUUGUUAUUGUAACAUUAUGGAAACAUUAAUGUUGUAUUACGAUGACUUAUUUUACAUUACAUAGUUGAUUUUUUUAUUUUAAUUUUGGUUUAGUUUUUUUUUUAACAGAGAUGAUGUAUCACAUUUUUUUAAAAUAGCAGGAAAAAAAAAGAAAUGCUUAUUUGUUCAUAUUACGUUAAAAGACAUUCUAUUUUUUCACUGUAGAAAUGUUAAGUAUAGCAUGUCUGUGUGUAUGUGUGCAUAUAUGUAUAUAUAUACUGUAUAUAUACUGCACACUCACACAUGCAUAUAUAUUUAAAUGCAGAAUAUAAAGAUAUAUCCAAACACUUAGUAUGAAUACAUUUUUCUCCUCAUCAUCUUUUUUUUUUAUACCAGCCAGUGCUCAUGUUUAAAGAUGCGUUUUUAUGAUUUUCUUUACGUUCGUGUGUAUGUUUUAUAUAAUCUUAGAAACCUUGUGUGUUUCUGGAGAAAAGCUGAGGUGAUGUCAGCGUUUUGCCUGAGUCCCCUAACUCAACUCACCGAUGUUUAACUUCUACCCCUGAGUAGAUCCUGUGCCGAUGAGGAGACGCCAUUUUUAAUCCUUGUUUAGAUUCUUUAUCAUUAACUUGUAGGCGUUAGUAUUCUUUUAUUUUGUUUUCUUUGACUAAUUUUUUUGAGCAACUGUUGAUUAACUGGUCGGCAAAAUAUCUAAUCAAUCAAAAAAAAAAAAAAUCCAUAAUUGACCCUUUUAUUUAGUUUAUUCUAUCAUCCUAACUUGACGUACUGUACCUUGUAUGAUCAUGUACAGACUGUGACCGUCACAGUUUUUAAGGGAAUCCCUGAGUUCUUUCUCUUUUUUUUUAACUUUAUUAUUUUAAAACAUAAUGUGGUCAUUCAUUUUGUUAGAUAUCCACUAUGAUCUAGAAUAUACCUGUAAAUAAACAAAUAUAUAGAUUAUAUGUAUUUGUAUCAUUCGACCCUCGAGAUCUCGUACUUCAAGUGGGGGGGCAGAAUAACAAAGAUCGAGGUUCUGCUCAUAUCAAACUUCCUGGUGUCUGUAAAGCCUGUUUUCUCCCCUUAUGAAACAAAAAAAAAAAAAACAAUUCUUUCUCCAGCCCUGCUCCCUGGUCUUUAAUUACCACUAGCUUUUUUCUGCCUUUAAUUUCCCUCGCUAGCAGUUAAACUGGGAAACACGCCAGCUUCUGUUCUCACACCUAUAGCCUCAUUGAGAGCAUGAAAUCAACAUCAGUGAUCUGCUCUUAUAAUUGAGCCGAGACAGAACGUUAGUCUGUUCUACCGUACCAACACCCUGAAUAGGUAACCCGCCCAUUUAUUCAAGAUUACUUUUCUUUCCCUCAGUAAAAAAAAAAGUGUUUUCUGUUCUGGCGGGUAUACUAGAGAUGAUGAAUUUUCGACUAAUAUUCUCAUAUCAUCCAGUUUUUGGAUUUACACCAUGAGAAUAACAUAAGCAGAGGGUGUAUUUGUAUAAAACACAGCCAAAGUCUCUUACCCAAACAAAACCUCAGCUACGACGGUGCAUAUUCUUAAUCUCUUCACCACUCCGUGAAGCUAUAGCACCCAAAGGUGUUUUUCAUUCCUUAAUAGCUUCCCUCUAAGACCCUGGUAGGUACCCAGCUGUCCAACUGCCUUAUAUGCCAAGGUGUUAACCAUAAAUGUAUCAUUGGCUGAUGGACAAAUGCAGCUUCGCUAAAGGCCAUAUAUUGUUCAGUUGCAACAUGAGCUUUUUUGUUUGUUUUUUUUUUUGUUUUUUUCUUUUUUUGUUUAUUUUUCCCUAUUGUACUUUUAAGCCUUGUAUAGAACCAUACUCUGUAUUUUUGUUCAACCAUGUUUUGUUAUGGGAUGCAGAGAGAAACCAGGACUCAAUGAAACAGAACAGCGCGAUGCAACCAAGAGAAGACCAAGACAACCAAAAACAUGCUGCAAAUUCACAUUUCCAGCACGUUCUUUCUGAGCAGUGGGAACCUUGAGAUGUUUCAUAAUGAACUAAAUCCUGAACUGAGGAUGUUUGGAACUCAAAAAGACUGGUACAAAGGCCCCAUGCCAAAACUGAAAACCGUGGAAGUCUUUGGAAGCUUGUCCAGUGUGUUACUCUUUUGACUUCAUGUAAAGAUGCUAGACUUUUGAAAACAGCCGCCAAAAUUACUGGAUUUUGUCAAUGAAUAUUGGGUGAUUGGGGAGGGUAGGACUAACAAAAAAGAAGAAAACAACACUAACAAAAAAUUACAUUAAAGAAUAGAGCAUAUACAGUAAAUACCAACAAGAAAAAGAUCCCAAAUUCAACAAAAUAGUUUUACCUUUGUAUGAGGGCCAAGUGCUAUCACUUUCAAACUGUUACUUCUAACUGAAACAAUAAUUGGUUUUAAGCCACUGUGUAUGUAGAUAUGUUGACUUUGUAUUAAAGAAAUGUUGUCUGAAAACCA